AUGAACAACUGCGGCAAUGAUGAUAAGAAGACUUACAUGAAGCACAAGUGGAGGUUUAAGUACAAGUUCAACACAUGCUUUAGUGAAGAACUUUGUUUCUGGAAAAAUAACAUAUAUGAGAAGCUGCAGUGCGAUAAUGGACAUUUAGCUUGCUCUUUGUGCUGCCCCCAGCUGAGUAACAAGUGUCCUUCAUGUGCUUCGCCUAUCGGACAAAACCGCUGCAGAGGAACGGAGAGUGUUCUUGAACUAGUCUAUGUCAAAUGCCCAAACACCAACCUUGGAUGCACCAAAUGUAUAGCGUAUUGGAAAGAAUCAACUCAUGUAAAGGAAUGCACUUUCUCUCAAUGCUCCUGCCCUGCAUUGGACUGCGAUUACACCGGAUCAUACAAGCAGAUUUACACUCACUUCCGCAGCCACAAUGACAACAAAUCUGAGCCCUUUUAUUGCGGUUAUCCUGUUGAUGUUCAGAUGAACAUCGCUAGCGAUAAGAUGUUAGUUCUUCGGGAAAUAUUGGAGAAUAGAUUAUUUGCUCUGCAGUGUUUUGACGAGCCACAAGGUUUAUAUGUGACUGUUACAUGCAUUGCACCAGAUGCUCCAGAAGUAGGGAAGUUUAGGUAUUGUCUCGACUACUCCAUGUCCAUGGAUGGACACACUCUCAAAUAUGAGUCACCAGAUGUGAAGAAGGUUCUUGAAGUGAGCUCUCAAAUCCCUCAAGACAAUUACAUGUUCGUCCCUCGCUGUUUAUUGCGUGGCGAGUUGUUGAAGAUGAAGAUUGACAUAAGGCGUGAGGUUCGUGCAGGCUCAUAG